AUGUCAAGCCCGUCAGUCCCCGAAGUCGGCAUCUGGCAGCUGCUCUUUCAGCGCCAGAGUUUACCGUUUCCUGGUAGUCACGUGAUUUUGCAAGAUGGCGCGUCGAACAAUUCCUACACUUACAAUGACCUCCGAAACCUUUCAAAACAGUUCGGUCUAGCUCUACGAUCCCAAUGGUCCUGGGAAAAAGGCCAUGUAUUGGUCCUGAUGUCCCCGAAUUGCAUCGAAACGCCGCUCGUGACAUGGGGAUGCCAUUAUAACGGGGGUGUCGUUGCACCGGUUAAUCCGGGACUUUCUCCGCGAGAUUUGGAGCAGCAGUUACUUCGGAGCCAGGCGAAGGGGAUUGUGGUGCAUCCGAGCUGUUUGUCAACUGCGCUCGAGGCAGCAAAACUAGCCAAUCUUCCGAGCGAGCGGGUUUUGGUGCUGGGCGAGACAAGCGGUAAUAAUCGGCUUGCGACCGUUGAUCAGUUUAUACAGAGUCUUGGAGAAGCUUCGUUGACCGAAUCUCAGCCUGUUGACGUUACUCCGGACGACGUUGCCUUUUUGGUCUACUCGUCUGGAACCACUGGCCUUCCCAAGGGCGUUAUGGUCUCCCACCGAAAUGUGGUUGCCGACGUCGUCCUACAAGCGUCAAUAGAGGGCCCGCAUGUGAGCUGGACGAAAGACCGCACCCUUGCAGUCUUACCAACCUAUCAUAUCUACGGUAAGUCUCUCCUUACCGUAAAAUUCCUCGUCGCUGACAGAGUAGGCCUGAUCUGCCUCGUCCAUCUCCCCGUCUGGCUUGGCACUACGACCAUCUUCAUGGAGAAGUUUGAUUUGCAAACGUUCUGCCGGUUGAUUCGAGAAUAUGCAAUCUCCCAUGUAUAUGUCGCGCCGCCAGUCGUCCUUCAUUUAGCCAAAAGCCACACUAUCAACCAAUCUGACCUGGCGUCGUUGCGCAUGAUCACAUCCGGAGGAGCGCCGUUGGGGGCAGCUCUGAUCCACGAGACGUAUAAUCGCUGGAAAAUUCCUGUACGACAGGCAUAUGGACUAUCUGAGACGACGUCUGUAUCGCACAUCCAGAGAUGGACCACAUGGCAAACUACUAUCGGCUCCAACGGCCCCGCGAUCCCAGGAAUCGAGUCCAAGAUCGCCCUCGCAGAUACCUCCUCCGCCCCUCCCAACAUCGAAGGCGAGCUCUGGAUCCGCGGCCCCACGGUCUUCAACGGUUACAUGAACGACACGGCGUCAACAACCGCCUGUCUAACCCACGACGGCUGGUUCAAGACCGGUGACAUCGGCUUCGAAGACGAGCUGGGGAAUCUGCACAUCACAGACCGCGCAAAGGAUAUGAUUAAGUUCAAGGGAUUCCAGAUCGCGCCGACGGAGCUCGAAGACAUCCUACUUGAUCAUGACGCUGUAAGCGACGCGGCGGUAAUUGGGGUGUGGAAUGAAGAGAUGCAGACAGAGGUUCCAUUGGCAUAUAUCGUGCGAAAGAAGACGAAGACUGAACAAUCGACCGCAGAUACAGAUCCGGGUGAUAGCUUUACAGUUGCCCUGGCUAUUAUGGAGCAUUUGAAAGCCAAAGUGGUGCACUACAAGCACCUCCGUGGCGGCAUCAUCUGGAUCGAGCAGAUUCCGAAGAGCCCGUCCGGGAAGAUCCUGAAGAGGGCGUUGAGGGAUCGGGUUGGUGGUCUCGAUAGGGGGAAGCAGAUUGUUGCGCCGGAAUAUGCGAGGUAUAGGGCCUCAAAGCUGUAGCGUGUUCUAUGGUGGAAACGAUGAACAGGGAGUUUGGCCAUUGUAUAUAGCUUAGCCUUUGGUUCUGUGAUGUUUUAUAUAGGAGUAUAGAAUUUGCGUCUUCGGCCUGGAGCCGACCACUUAUCAGUGGCUUGAACGGUGGAAGUGGGAU